GCGCGCCGGGGGCAGGAUGGUGGCGGCGGGGCCCGGCGGCGGCGGCGGGAGCAGCGGGUAGAAAAUGGCGGAUUUCGAGGAGCUGCGGAAUAUGAUAUCAAGUUUUCGUGUUUCUGAACUGCAAGUGUUGCUGGGGUUUGCUGGGAGGAAUAAAAGCGGGCGGAAACAUGACCUCCUGAUGAGGGCACUGCACUUACUGAAGAGUGGCUGCAGCCCAGCAGUUCAGAUCAAGAUCCGGGAACUCUACAGGCGUCGGUACCCGCGGACAAUUGAAGGACUUUCGGACCUGUCAGCCAUAAAACCUGCUGUUUUCAACUUGGACAGCAGUCCCUCUCCUGUCGAGCCUGACCUGGCUGUUGCUGGUAUCCACUCGCUCCCUUCUACUUCGGUCACGCCUCAGUCUCCUGCCUCGCCUGUCAGUUCUGUGCUCCUCCAGGACACUAAGCCCCACUUUGAGAUGCAGCAGCCGUCUCCUCCGAUUCCACCCGUUCAUCCUGAUGUUCAGUUGAAAAGCCUGCCUUUUUACGAUGUGCUCGAUGUGCUCAUAAAGCCUACAAGUCUAGUACAGAGCAGUAUUCAGCGGUUCCAAGAAAAGUUUUUUAUCUUUGCUUUAACACCUCAGCAGGUCAGAGAAAUCUGUAUUUCCAGAGACUUCUUGCCAGGGGGCAGACGAGAUUACACAGUCCAAGUUCAGCUGAGGUUGUGCCUAGCAGAGACAAGCUGCCCUCAAGAAGAUAAUUACCCUAAUAGUUUGUGUAUUAAAGUGAAUGGGAAGCUGUUUCCAUUGCCGGGGUACGCUCCACCGCCAAAAAAUGGAAUUGAACAGAAGCGACCUGGACGCCCCUUGAAUAUAACCUCUCUAGUUAGGCUAUCAUCAGCAGUGCCAAACCAGAUUUCUAUUUCCUGGGCUUCAGAAAUUGGAAAGAAUUACUCCAUGUCUGUGUAUCUCGUUCGUCAGCUCACCUCAGCUAUGCUUCUGCAGAGGUUAAAAAUGAAAGGCAUCAGAAACUCUGAUCAUUCCAGAGCACUAAUUAAAGAGAAACUAACUGCAGAUCCUGAUAGUGAGAUUGCCACAACCAGUCUGCGGGUAUCUCUGAUGUGUCCUCUGGGGAAAAUGAGACUGACAAUCCCAUGCCGGGCUGUUACUUGCACACACCUGCAAUGUUUUGAUGCUGCUCUUUAUCUUCAAAUGAAUGAAAAGAAGCCUACCUGGAUCUGCCCUGUCUGUGAUAAGAAGGCAGCCUAUGAGAGCCUCAUAUUAGAUGGGCUUUUCAUGGAAAUUCUUAAUGAAUGUUCAGAUGUGGAUGAGAUCAAAUUCCAAGAAGAUGGCUCCUGGUGCCCCAUGAGACCAAAGAAAGAAGCUGUGAAAGUCUCAAGUCCACAGUGCACCAAAAUAGAAAGUUCCAGUGUUGUUAGCAAACCCUGUUCUGUGACAUUGGCCAGUGAGGUCAGCAAGAAGAAAGUUGAUGUUAUUGACUUGACAAUAGAAAGCUCUUCUGAUGAAGAGGAAGAUCCUCCUGCCAAAAGGAAGUGCAUAUUUAUGUCUGAAACACAAGGAAGCCCAACCAAAGGGUUUGUCAAUCUUAAAGGUUCUCAUGUAUCAGCCAUCUUCUGUCAGAGUGCCCAGCGUGACAACCGUCGAUGCUGCUGCUAUUCCUCCCUCGUUAACAGACUACCCGGUACCAUUCCAUCAUCCACCAAUAUCCAGUAUUUCAUCAGACUUGCCAGACAUACCCUAAAUGCCUAUGAUGUAUUCUUCAACACUGCUGCUAAAUAUCAGACAAAAGGUCUGGAUUUUCUUUCACUAAUCCCAGUUGAUUCACAGCAGUACUGUCCUCCUAUGUUUUUGGAUAGUCUCACCUCAACCUUAACAAGCAGCACGCCUGGCAGCAUCAUCACAUCCAGCAGCCACCAGGAGAGCAGCACGCACGUUAGCUCCUCCAGCCGGGGAGAGACCGCCGUGAUCACCAGCGGCGGCGGCGGCGCUCCCGACAUCAUCUCACUGGACUGAACCCAGGGGGCAGCACGGCUCUCCAGGAGGGGCCUCACCACAGCUGCUGCUGUCUCUGCCACUCGAGCAUCUCGGGAGAUACUCUUGGUAUUUAUUGACAGGAUUUGCCUUCUGGAAAACGGAGGAGGAGCGAUGGGGUUAUUUUUUUUUUUUCUCUUGCUUAUGAGGUAGCUGGUGUAGACAAGGCCCCUUCAGAACAUGCUUUUAUGCUUUUAGCUUGUUCUGGGGAAACUGACUUUUUUUUUUUGUUGCUGAGUGGAUUCCACAAAUGGUUUUAAAUUUUGUUUGUAAAACAUAGCAAUAAUGUAAAAACAAAUUAAAACUUUUGUAAUAAUAAUAAUAAUUAAAAAAAAAAAAAAGGCACUUAACCACUCGAGCAGCAACAACCUGGACAAAGGUGCAGGAGUGUAAGCAUUAAUGGAUUUUUAGUAUUUUCACUGGGGGCCUGUAAUAAACUUGAGACAAUGAAGCUUUGUGAAAUAGCCAUGACUUGUGUUGUACGUCUCCUGUUCCCCUCUUCCCUCUUAUGUGGGGAUGCAGGGAAAGCCUCUGUAAAUGGGAACUACUGUUUUGUUCGUUUGGUUUUUUUUCCUCCCGAUUCCAAGUUUUUCCACAAAUGCAACAAAAUCCUAAGCUGUGACUUCUUCCUUUUAAUGUUCUUUGGGCUCAAGAGGGGACAAACUAUCUAUGCAAAGCCUGCAUCACACAGUCUUUGUGCUGCCACAUCAGAACUCCUUCCCCACCACCGCCGCCUCCAGAUGCUGCGCAGUUGAGCUACAGCUGAACUUCCUGUUUUAAAACUUUUUAAGGGGAUACAAAAAAAGCCUUUAACCUCAGAUUUAGAUUAUAAAGUGGUUGGUGGCCCUCUUUUGGAACUGCCACCCCUCACCAGCUGCUCAAGUGAAGUGGAUGCUUUCUGUGGCAGCUGUUGGGUGACCAAGUAGGGAUUGCUUUCUGCAGUGCAGGAUUAUUUUCUAGGAUCUCUUGCUCAUGGCUUGUGUCGCUUCAGAAACUCUUGUAUUCUCCUUGGGAAUACUGCACUUAGACUCAUCAUGGGGAUGGCUUGGCUUUUUUGGAAGAUGAAAGCUGUAGCUGCACAGUGUUCCUGCCUAACUGGAAUUAGGUGUUCAGGGCUCAGUGAUGCGUUGUCCCACACUACCUGGCCUCCUCAUCAUGGCGUUUCCAAUUCGAUGGGAAUAACUUCCUUCUGUUUGACUCCUGUGAGGAAUCUGCUGCUGUGUUGUGUGUAUGCAGUGUCUCCCCACACACAGAUAUGGAUAACUUCAUCAGUUCUCUGUGGAUGAGGUUACAGACCAGGAAAACCACCUUCCACAGAGCUGGAAUAAUAGAAUUGUCUAUAUGUUGACAUAGCAGCUUUUCCAAGUGUUUGUGUUUCUGCUGAGUAACUGUAUGUGAGAUUAUUCCUUCCCAAAUUACCAGCUUUUGUUUUUUUUCCCCAUUUCCAUUGUUUUUCCUUCAGUGAGGUGUCUGGUGCUUUUUGCCUUCUGUUACUGUUACAGUGUUUGAACCAAGUACACAGAUAAGAAGUGUUGGAGCAGGAUGUAUUAUUGUAACCCUUGUCUGCCCUGUACUCCCACCUUCAAUGCUGCAUUACUAUUCCUCAUUGCCUUUUUUUGGUAUGAUCUUUCACAGAAGUCUUCAAUUCAUAUGUUGGUCUUAAUAUUUAAUCCCGUCUUUCUUCCCCUUUCCUUAUCCCUUGAGUUUUUUUGUACCUGUCAAGGAUGGGUUUUUAGCAUGAUCUACUUCCAAUAAAGCCAUGCUACUCAUGAAGUUGUUUUUUUUUUUUAUCCUAAUGGCCUGCAGCAGAUCAAUGCUUUCUGCAUCAUAAUUGCACAGUGACUUGAACUGUAGAGUGUGGAGAGAGGUACCAGAGUCAUUCUGAAUAAAGUGUUUAAAACUGG